CCCACAGGUGGUGCCACCGCCCUGGGCGCUGGGCGUGGGGGGCCGCCCUCAGGGACCCCGGCCGCGGCCCCGCGCUGCCCGGCUCCGCCGCCUCCCGCCGGGGAUCGAUAGAGUCGCGCGGCCAGGCGGACCCUCUGGGUCCCCGAGAGCCAGAGGAGCGCCCAGUGCGCCCCGGCCCGCGCCCCCGCGCCGCGCCCCGCCCCGCCCCGCCCGGUGCUCCCAGUCCCUCCCCCACCCCCGCGCUCCCACCCUGCCCCGCCCCUCUCCUCUCCCGCGGCCGCCGAGGGGCCGGGCCGGCGGCGGGGGAGGUGCCGAGCCGGGACUGCGCUAGCCCGCCGCGCUCUGGGCUGCCCGAGCGAGCGUUCGGACCUCGCACCCUGCGCGCCCCGCGCCGCCGCCGCCGCCGGCUUUUGUUGUCUCCGCCUCCUCGGCCGCCGCCGCCUCUGGACCGCGAGCCGCGCGCGCCGGGACCUUGGCUCUGCCCUUCGCGGGCGGGAACUGCGCAGGACCCGGCCAGGAUCCGAGAGAGGCGCGGGCGGGUGGCCGGGGGCGCCGCCGGCCCCGCCAUGGAGCUCCGGGCCCGAGGCUGGUGGCUGCUGUGCGCGGCCGCAGCGCUGGUCGCCUGCGCCCGCGGGGACCCGGCCAGCAAGAGCCGGAGCUGCGGCGAGGUCCGCCAGAUCUACGGAGCCAAGGGCUUCAGCCUGAGCGACGUGCCCCAGGCGGAGAUCUCGGGUGAGCACCUGCGGAUCUGCCCCCAGGGCUACACCUGCUGCACCAGCGAGAUGGAGGAGAACCUGACCAACCGCAGCCGUGCCGAGCUGGAGACCGCGCUCCGGGACAGCAGCCGCGCCCUGCAGGCCAUGCUGGCCACCCAGCUGCGCAGCUUCGAUGACCACUUCCAGCACCUGCUGAACGACUCGGAGCGGACGCUGCAGGGCACCUUCCCCGGCGCCUUCGGCGAGCUGUACACGCAGAACACGAGGGCCUUCCGGGACCUGUACUCACAGCUGCACCUGUACUACCGCGGCGCCAGCCUGCACCUGGAGGAGACGCUGGCCGAGUUCUGGGCCCGCCUGCUCGAGCGCCUCUUCAAGCAGCUGCACCCCCAGCUGCUGCUGCCCGAUGACUACCUGGACUGCCUGGGCAAGCAGGCCGAGGCGCUGCGGCCCUUCGGGGAGGCCCCAAGAGAGCUGCGCCUGCGGGCCACCCGUGCCUUUGUGGCUGCUCGCUCCUUUGUGCAGGGCCUGGGCGUGGCCAGUGACGUGGUCCGGAAGGUGGCUCAGGUCCCCCUGGGCCCAGAGUGCUCGAGGGCUGUCAUGAAGCUGGUCUACUGUGCUCACUGCCUGGGAGUCCCCGGCGCCAGGCCCUGCCCUGACUAUUGCCGAAAUGUACUCAAGGGCUGCCUCGCCAACCAGGCCGACCUGGAUGCCGAGUGGAGGAACCUCCUGGACUCCAUGGUGCUCAUCACCGACAAGUUCUGGGGUGCAUCGGGUGUGGAGAGCGUCAUCGGCAGCGUGCACACGUGGCUGGCGGAGGCCAUCAACGCCCUCCAGGACAACAGGGACACGCUCACAGCCAAGGUCAUCCAGGGCUGCGGGAACCCCAAGGUCAACCCCCAGGGCCCCGGGCCUGAGGAGAAGCGGCGCCGGGGCAAGCUGGCCCCGCGGGAGAGGCCACCUUCAGGCACGCUGGAGAAGCUGGUCUCUGAAGCCAAGGCCCAGCUCCGCGACGUCCAGGACUUCUGGAUCAGCCUCCCAGGGACACUGUGCAGCGAGAAGAUGGCCCUGAGCACUGCCAGUGAUGACCGCUGCUGGAACGGGAUGGCCAGAGGCCGGUACCUCCCCGAGGUCAUGGGUGACGGCCUGGCCAACCAGAUCAACAACCCGGAGGUGGAGGUUGACAUCACCAAGCCGGACAUGACCAUCCGGCAGCAGAUCAUGCAGCUGAAGAUCAUGACCAACCGGCUGCGCAGCGCCUACAACGGCAACGACGUGGACUUCCAGGACGCCAGUGACGACGGCAGUGGCUCGGGCAGCGGUGAUGGCUGUCUGGAUGAUCUCUGCGGCCGGAGGGUCAGCAGGAAGAGCUCCAGCUCCCGGACACCCUUGACGCAUGCCCUCCCAGGCCUGUCGGAGCAGGAAGGGCAGGAGACCUCCGCUGCCAGCCGCCCCCAGCCCCCCACCUUCCUCCUGCCCCUCCUCCUCUUCCUGGCCCUUACAGUAGCCAGGCCCCGGUGGCGGUAACUGCCCCAAGGCCCCAGGGACAGAGGCCAAGGACUGACUUUGCCAAAAAUACAACACAGAUGAUAUUUAAUUCACCUCAGGCUGGAGAGGCCUGGGGUGGGACAGGGAGGGCUGCUGGCUCUGAGCAGGGGCAGGUGCAGAGGUCCCGGCCCCAGGCCUGGCCUCGCCUGCCUCUCUGCCUUUUAAUUUUGUAUGAGGUCCUCAGGUCAGCUGGGAGCCAGUGUCCCCACAAGCCAUGUAUUUCAGGGACCUCAGGGGCACCUCCGGCUGCCUAAUCCUCCCCCCCAGCUCCCUGCACCGCUGCAGAAGCAGCCCCUCGAGGCCUACAGAGGAGGCCUCAAAGCAACCCGCUGGAGCCCACAGCGAGCCUGUGCCUUCCUCCCCGCCUCCUCCCGCUGGGACUCCCAGCAGAGCCCACCAGCCAGCCCUGGCCCACCCCUCAGCCUCCAGAGAAGCCCCGCAAGGGCUGUCUGGGUGUCCACCAUCCAGGGUCUAGCGGAGCCUCUGAGAUGAUGCAUGAUACCCUCCCCUCAGCGCAGGCUGCAGAGCCCAGCCCCACCUCCCCGCGCCCUUGAGGGGCCCCAGCGUCUGCAGGUGGAUCCUGAGAAAGCAUCAGUGCUGAGGGGUCUGAGGACUCUGUCCUCCCACAGACCUGCGGGAGGGGCCUCCAUGCGCAGACGAGGGCCACUGACCCACCUGCGCUUCUGCUGGAGGAGGGGGAGCUGGGCCCAAGGCCCAGGGAGGCAGCGUGGGCUCUGCCGAUGUGGGCUGCCGCCUCGCACACGGGGCUCACGGGGCAGGCCUUGCUGGGGUCCAGGGCUGUGUGAGGACCCCAAGGGGCUGAGGAGCAGCUGGGACCCGCCUGCUCCCAUCCUCACCCAGAUCAGGAACCAGGGCCUCCCUGUUCAGGGUGACACAGGCCAGGGCUCAGAGUGACCCUCAGCUGUCACCUGCUCACAGGGAUGCUGGUGGCUGGUGAGACCCCGCACUGCAGACGGGAAUGCCUAGGUCCCUUCCCGACCCAGCCAGCUGCAGGGGACGGGGACCUGGAUAGUUAAGGGCUUUUCCAAACGUGCAUCCAUUUACUGACACUUCCUGUCCUUGUUCACGGAGAGCUGUUCGCUCCUCCCAGACAGCUCUGGAGGGACACAGGGCCCACCUUGGACCCUGGUGACCUCCUGUCACUCACUGAGGCCAUCAGGGCUCUGCCCCAGGCCUGGACGGGCCCUCCUUCCCUCCUGUGCCCCAGCUGCCAGGCGGCCCUGGGGAGGGGUGGUGUGGUGUUGGGAAGGGGUCCUGCAGGGGGAGGAGGACUUGGAGGGUCUGGGGGCAGCUGUCCUGAACCGACUGACCCUGAGGAGGCCGCUUAGUGCUGCUUAGCUUUUCAUCACUGUCCCGCACAGUGGACAGAGGUCCCCGGUUGCUGGUCAGGUCCCCAUGGCUUCUGUUCUCUGGAACCUGACUUGAGACGUUUUGGGUUCAGGAUCCCCCAACACAGGCAUGUCCACCCCAUAAUAACCCUGCCAGUGCCAGGGUGGGCCGGGGACUCUGGCACAGUGAUGCCGGGCGCCAGGACAGCAGCACUCCCGCUGCACACAGACGGCCCGGGGGCGGUGCUCAGACCCCACCUGACGCUCAUCUCUGGAAGGGGCAGCCCUGAGUGGUCACUGGUCAGGGCAGUGGCCAAGCCUGCUGUGUCCUUCCUCCACAAGGUCCCCCCACCGCUCAGUGUCAGCGGGUGACGUGUGUUCUUUUGAGUCCUUGUAUGAAUAAAAGGCUGGAGACCUA